GAAAGGUAGCCACUGUCGUUCAAAUGUUAACCCCUCGGUGGUGAUCGAGAAAAAGAAAAACGAAAAAUCAGAGUGAGGAAGAAAGAGACGACCGACUGGCUCCCAUCGAAGAAUUUCUUCGGAGAAAAUGAGUUAUGAGUGGGUCUCACUUCCCCUAUGAAGGUGGCUGUAGGUUCAUGCCUGUAAUGGAGAUGAGUGCUCACGAUGUUUCAUCUGCUAUUUUUAAAGCUAAAAGUGCUCAUUUCUCGUUAGCGACAUCUUCUGAAGAAACCUUUUCAUCAUCCCCAUCACCAUCAUCAUCUCCUUCUCCAUCACCAUCAUCACAUGCACCACCUAGCGGUAGUGAAUCAGCCCCAUACAUAGGACAAGUAUUUUCUGGUGAUGAGGCUGCUUAUAAUUUCUACAAGAACUUUGCCAGGAGUAGGGGAUUUGCAAUUCGGCGUCAGAAAGCCACGAGAAAAAGAGGGUCAUAUGAGACAUCUAUUACCAGUAGAUAUUUUCUUUGCCAUCGAGCAGGAUAUCCUGUUCAAAAGGCGGAUGGCAACAAAGUUCAGAGGUGCAAAUGUGGAGCAGGAAUGGGAAUAAAGAGACUUUUAUCAGGUGAUUCAAGAUGGGUAGUUAUUCAUUUUUCUAACAUUCAUAAUCAUGAUAUGAUUGAUCAGGCGAGAUUAAGUUUCCUCCCAGCUUAUUGCAAAAUCACAGAAAAUGACAAGAACAGAAUUGCAACUCUUGCUAAGGCUGGUGUUGGUGUGAAACAAAUUUUACGUUCCCUUGAGUUGGAGCAUGGUGUUGAGUUGGGUUGCUUGCCAUUCUCGGAGAAGGAUGUUAUAAAUUUCAUUCAAUCAAUUAAGGUGGUUGUUAAUGAAAAUGGGCAGGAUCUAUUAGGGCAAUGUUCUAAUGCCUCGUUGUUUAGCGGGGAAAACUCAAGUAGUUCAAACCAACUUGACUUGCAAGUGCAGAGAUUACAAUUGAUUGCAUCAGACAUCAUCAUGGAAUUUAGAAGGAGCAGUGUAGAUUUUGAGUUAGUUCGAGAUGAAUUGGUAAAGGUCCGAGAUCUGGUUAAACGGCUACAAAGCAAGGGUGACACGACAUCCAGGAUAGCACCAAACUCAUUAGUUUUAGCUGGAACAGAUACAUAUGUCAAUGGCAUAGGUCUUACUUCUGGAUAUAAUCCUUUUCAAAUAGUUGCUAAUGGACGAUAUGUGGGCAAAAACCAUGAAGAAGGUACUAAGCUGGCCAAGAAACCAAGGUACUGCAAGGUGCCUUCCUGUCGCCAAGCUGGUCAUGAUUCGAGAAAUUGUCCCAUGAGAAAGGUUGCACAGGUGGAGCUUGGUGUCCAGAAUUCUGUCAGCAGCACCUCAGCCAAAAAACCUAGAUAUUGCAAGGUCCCUUCUUGCGGCCAAACUGGUCAUGAUUCCAGAAAUUGUCCCAUGAAAAGGCCUCCACAGCUAGAGAUCAGUAGCCAAGCUUCUCUCAGGUAUUGCAAUUCAUGUGGCCAAAGUGGUCAUGACUCAAGAAAUUGCCCCAUGAAAAGGGCUGCCACCCAGCUGCAAAUUGGUAGUCAGGCUCCUGUCAGUUUAGUGCACAAUCCUGCCCAAUUAGCUGGUGAUGCAACCCCUCUAAGUGAUAAGUCAAAUGGAGAUAGCAACUCAGCCAAAAAACCAAGGUACUGCAAGGUGCCUUCUUGUGGACAAACUGGUCACGACUCAAGGAACUGCCCCAUGAAGAGAGCUAGCGAAUCUAUGUUUGGACUCCAGUCUGCGAUCAGUUUAAUGCAAAACCAUGUCCAGAAUGCUAUUCAGGUUCCCUCGACAGAUGGAAUUUUGAAAGUCAUUAGUGAACCAGUGAAAAGACCUAGAUACUGCAAGGUGCCUAAUUGUGGCCAACCUGGGCAUGACUCAAGAAAUUGUCCAUUGAAAAGGGUUACUGAGUCGGAAAUUUUAAUGCAGCCUUUAAACAAGAUGGAUUAAUAUCAGUUGUCUACCUGCAACUAAAGUAAAAUUCUCCAUCUGUUCCCCAAUGGACCAACCUCCGUUCUUAUUUUUUGAGAAUGAUAGUAUGCGUCUCAUGUGACCCUUUUCAUCUGCACCUGCUUAAGGGUCAUGCUCGCUCUGUUAAACACACAAAAGAACUGUUUUUUAGGAACUGUCCUGCCAAGCAGAAAAUGUAGGUAAAAGUGUAACCGUUCUUACUAGGGCUCUUGUAUGAAUUGGCUUCUUGUUUUGCUCAUGCUGCUACUCUGUCUCAGUCACUGCUCUGUGCGUCAAAGCUGUUGACUUUUUGUUAUUUGAUUAUUCUGAAGGCUGAAAAUCAAGUUCUACUAAUAUUUUCUGCUUCA